AUGCCUUCAAAAUCCGCCAAGGCAGUUGACAUCACACUCAUCGUCUCCGAAACAGUUUUAAGCGCCUUAGUCGAUGCGGCGGGAUCUGCACCAUUCCCUUUACUCAAGGAAGCUGCUGGAUCAGCUUUAUUGAUUUUACAAGCGGUUCAGGCAAGUUUAGCUCCCCGUGAUCCCCGAGUUAUCACUGAUAUAAAAUACGCAUCCAAGUAUGCAAAGAAAAGGAUGAUCUUCUUCUUCUUCCGUUCUUUGUUGCUGCCGAACAGAGACGAGAAUAAAAUAGCAGGGUAUAGCAAGGCUAUCGAAGUAGCCUUCCGCAACUUCAACUUUGAAUGCAAUGUUGACCUCCGUGAACAAGCCACUGAGAUCAGGACGGACGUAAAGGAAAUAUUGCAAGACGUUAAACACCACAGAGACACUCGCGACACUCUGGUAGUAAACACCAACACAAAUUCUGGUAAUACAACAACUACCAUGGUUUCCGAUUCAAAUAACAACGACUCCAUAAGCUAUGGUGACGUGACCAGCUUGGCCAGCCCACCGCCCAUACUUGUCGCACCGCCGGUGACAGACAUGACCGCAUUGUUGAGCGCAAAAAAAUCUAUUAAUGCCACCAUCAACCACAAUACCAACUCCGGGAAUACGACGAACACUACGAUCAUGAAAUCGAAUAACAAUUCUUCUCUCACUGUCACUGGUGCUUCGCGCAAUUCCUAUCGUCAAACGCCUCCUCCCAGUCCACAACGUCUGAAUUUCCAACGGGGAAUUGUGCCUCGCUAUUAG